GAUUCCUUGGAAUUGGGGUUUACCCAGAAUUUGAUUCCCUGGCAUUUGGGAUCCCCUGGAAGUGGGUAACAAUCCCGGUAUUCCGGGAGGAAAUAGGAAAGGAACGCAGUGUUUUUCAGGGAAUGAUCCCAAUAUUUCGAUAAAAAGGGAUCCCAGUGUUUUUUAGGGCGAGAUCUGAAUGUUCUGUUAGGAAGGGAUCCCAGUUUUAUUUGGGGAGAAAUCCCAGAGGGGUCGAUCCCAGUGGGCUGAUCCCACCCCAAAAGGGUCGAUCCCAUUAUGGUGACCCCAUCCCAAUGGGCUGAUCCCACCCCGAAAGGGUCAAUCCCAUUAUGGUGACCCCAUCCCAAGGGGUCGAUCCCAAUGGGCUGAUCCCACCCCAAAGGGGUCAAUCCCAUUAUGGUGACCCCAUCCCAAUGGGGUUGAUCCCAAUGGGCUGAUCCCACCCCAAAGGGGUCAAUCCCAUUAUGGUGAUCCCAUCCCAAUGGGCUGAUCCCACCCCACAAGGAUCAAUCCCAUUAUGGUGACCCCAUCCCAAGGGUGUCCCCGUUUCCCCGCAGGCCAUCCCGAUCGCAGCCGUCCCGCCGUGGCCAUGGCGAGCCGCGGGGCCCAGCGGCCCAACGGGCACUCCCAGCCCAGUAAGAUCUGCCAGUUCAAACUGGUGCUGCUGGGAGAAUCGGCCGUGGGCAAAUCCAGCCUGGUGCUGCGCUUCGUCAAGGGCCAGUUCCACGAGUACCAGGAGAGCACCAUCGGCGCCGCGUUCCUCACCCAGUCCGUGUGCCUGGACGACACCACGGUGAAGUUUGAGAUCUGGGACACGGCGGGGCAGGAGCGCUACCACAGCCUGGCCCCCAUGUACUACAGAGGGGCCCAGGCUGCCAUCGUGGUCUACGACAUCACCAACCAGGAAACCUUUGCCCGGGCCAAGAGCUGGGUGAAGGAGCUGCAGCGCCAGGCCAGCCCCAGCAUCGUCAUCGCCCUGGCCGGGAACAAGGCCGACCUGGCCAGCAAGCGCCUCGUGGACUAUGAGGAGGCGCAGGCCUACGCCGACGACAACAGCCUGCUGUUCAUGGAGACCUCGGCCAAGACGGCCAUGAACGUCAACGACCUCUUCCUGGCCAUUGCCAAGAAGCUGCCAAAGACGGAGCCGCAGAGCUCGGGCGGGGCCGGGGGCCGGGGCCGGGGUGUGGACCUGCACGAGCAGAGCCC